CCAACCUUGUGAUGACAAUUCACAGCAUCGAACAACAGAAUAAUAUUCGCGCUACAAUAAUUCAAUCCAUUUUUCAUUUUCCGAUCAAAUCUAAACUCUUCGAUUUCGUAACUAUCUCCGCCGAUGAAAACUCCGAACAACAACCACCGUGAAAAGCUCCGGCGUCUCGCCGGCAAUAACAACAACCACCGUUCUCGGAAACGAUCCUUCAAGAGAGAUAUUGAACACGUCGCUUCUGAGACUUACUUGAUGACUCGUCUUGCCUUCACCCUUCUUCAAUAUCUCGGGGUUGGUUACCGUUGGAUUACACAAUUUCUAGCUCUUGUUAUAUAUGCCAUGUUUCUUUUGCCCGGCUUUCUACAAGUUGCAUAUUGCUAUUUCUUCUCAAACAGGGUAAAGCGAAGCAUUGUUUACGGAGAUCAGCCUAGAAACAGGUUGGAUCUAUAUCUACCUGCUGAUGUCUGUGAACCUAAGCCAGUUUUGAUCUUUGUAACUGGGGGAGCAUGGAUUAUUGGGUAUAAAGCAUGGGGAUCCCUUUUAGGACUACAAUUGGCAGAAAGAGACAUUAUGGUGGCGUGCAUUGAUUACAGAAAUUUUCCUCAAGGAACCAUCAGUGACAUGGUAAAUGAUACUUGCCAGGGAAUUUCCUUCGUCAUCAACAACAUAGCUAGUUAUGGAGGCGACCCUGAUAGGAUUUACCUAAUGGGACAAUCUGCUGGUGCGCAUAUUUCGUCGUGUGCUUUACUGGAACAAGCAACCAGAGAAACUAAAAACGGAGAUGGUGUUUCUUGGAGCGUUUCACAGUUAAAAGCUUAUUUUGGUUUAUCGGGAGGAUACAACUUAUUGGAUUUGGUCGAUCACUUUCACAAUAGAGGCUUGUAUCGUUCCAUUUUUUUAAGCAUAAUGGAAGGUGAACAAUCUUUGAAGAAAUUUUCUCCCGAACUCAAAGUUCAAGAUCCGUGCAUCAAAGAUUCCAUUCCUCUCUUGCCCCGUAUAAUUCUUUUCCAUGGAACUGGUGAUUAUUCCAUACCAUCAACCGCCAGUGAAAAGUUUGCUGAUGCUCUUAAGGAAGCUGGGGCUAGUGCUGAGCUGAUUCUAUAUGAUGGGAAAACACAUACAGAUUUGUUUGUCCAAGAUCCACUCCGAGGUGGUAAAGAUGACCUAUUUGAUCAUGUACUUGCUACAGUACAUUCUGAUGAUAGUGAUGCUCUUGCAAAGGAUGCCAUGGCACCACCAAGACGACGGCUUGUUCCUGAGAUUUUAUUAAAGAUAGCCAACAAUAUCAGUCCCUUCUAACAUUCUUGCUGGCUGGAUUUUCAUCUUCCCCUUGACAUUUUAUACAAUAUUGUGUAUUUCUUAUUCAUAUAUACACCUCAAACUCUUCAUUCAUUGAAUCACACUAUAUUUCUUGGGGUAUAGGUUGAGGUUCCUUAUAAUAUAGACUAUCAGAAUGCAGGGUGUUACCUAGAUGUUCAUGUUACAGUCAUAUAUUCUAUGCACUUUUGUAUGUUAAAUUUAAUUAGUGAAGUAAUUGGUUAUGCUUCUUUA